CAAUUAUGCCUAUUGUCUCGUCCGGAUGGAAAUAACUAUGUAGUCGUGCUCCUGCACGCCGAUCCCGACAACAGAUUUUAAAUCCCCGCCAAAGCAAAAGAUGGCGCGUCUAGCGCUCGUGCGGGGACCCUAGCGCUGCGUGCUAACCUGUCGAGCGCGCGCCUCUGCAUGCCUCAUUGUGUUCUGUUCACCCGAUCCCAUAACAGGUAUCUCGCGUACAGUUUUUAGUAUUUCAGUUUUUCUAUCAUGCCGAAGCAUAAGAGCAAGAAAAAACACUCAUCCAGACGCUCGAGAGACGACGCCCGUUCGCGCAGAGAUUCCUCUCAGGAUUCCUAUAGAUAUAGGCCUCGAGAAAGCUCUCGUGAGAGAUCUCUUUCCCAGCACAAGGAGGUAAGAGCGUCGCGCGAAGAUUCUCGUCGUUUCAGUUCCUCCGGCCAUCGAAGCUCCUCGAGGAAUUCCUCGUCUCGUCGAUCCCCUUCGAAUGAGAAUUUACUCGACAUGCUCGAUUGCAUACGGAAUUUAGUCGCACAGCGAGGCAGCGAACAUAACCUCCUCCAGUCACAGGCGACUAUCUCCUCCUCUGUUGCGACGCGUGGUCCGAGGGCAUUGACCAUGGAGAUAGCCACGCUUGCGGGGGAAACGCCAACAACGGCUUUACCGGCUUCUCCACCUGCCUUUGAGCACACUGAGGAGGAACAGACGGUCGCUCAAGCAGACCGCGGCGUUGUACCAGUCCGGCCUUCAGACGAAGAGGGGCUUCCAACUAAGGGGGCGGUAGCCUUCGCCGACCCUCCGGUUACUACAGUCUCUGAGGCUCAGAUUCAAGAUACCCCGGAGGUCGCGUUGGCUAAAGAGCUGUUCGGCGACGCCCAAUCGUCACAGGCAACUUUGACCUGCAACCCGUUAAUUAUGCAGGCGAUCCAGUCCACAUCCCGGAAGGGCCUUACCGAGGAAGUUCGCAACAGCCUUCUUUCCAAGUAUGAUACCAAGGACGAAUUCGCCGGAUUAGCUCCACCCAAGCUAAACAAGGAAUUGCUGGCCGCAUUGACCUCCUCUGUCAUCAAACGUGACGAGUUCCAAUCGCGCUCUCAGUCACAGGUUGGAUCGUGCCUCCGAGCCCUCGCCUCAGGCAUGUCGGUCCUCCUCAGCACGGAAAUGUUUCAGUCGUCGCAAGAAGCCAAGCCGGCACUAGUCCUCUUUUCGGACAGCAUCCACCUUCUCGCGGACCAUUAUUUUCGGCUCUCGCUCGCUCGAAGAGCUUUCACGAAGCCGUCUCUCAAUAUGGUCGGCAAGAAUGCCGCGGAAUCAGCUCCGAUCGACGAUUGCCUUUUCGGUCAAGAUUUUUCGCAGACCCUGAAGGCGGCUCAGGCCUGUGAGAAGGCAGGUCGGGAGGCAGUCAAAACGUCCGCACCGUUGGGGAAGAAAUCUUUACAGCCUGUGCGCCAGCAGACUCAGCCGCGGCGUGCUCAACCUUCCGCACCUAUCAGGUCGGGAAACCAGAGAGCUCCCGCCCGCCCAUCGACGGCCCGCAGGUCGGGAGCUCGCCACUACAAGAGCCGUCAGCACCGCUCACAAUCCAGAUCCCGCUCCAGGCAUCACAACUAAAUCAGGUACAGUCAGCAGGUCGCCUGAGCUUUUUCACCGAACAAUGGCUUAACAUUACGUCAGAUCCGACAGUGCUGAAUGCAGUUCAGGGGUACCGCAUUCCGUUCGCUUCGCUCCCUUCUCCAAGACCUUACUUACAGGAGAGGGAGCUUUCCAACCACGACUCACUUCACUGUGACGCGGAAAUCAAACGCCUUCGCGCCAAGGGGGCUAUUGAGAUGGUCGAACCCUCCGGAGAGCAGUUUGUAUCGUCCUUCUUCCUUAUCGACAAAUCGUCGGGCGGUAAACGCUUUAUUUUAAACUUGAAGGAUCUUAAUACUUAUAUCGAGCCCCCUCAUUUUAAGCUCGAAGACUGGCGAACUGUCGUUCGCCUCAUGCUGCCCGGAUCACAGAUGGCGACCCUCGAUCUUGAAGAUGCGUAUCUACUAGUCCCUAUUGCACAGGAGCAUCGUAGGUUCCUGCGGUUUUGUUGGCGUCAUAUAACUUAUCAAUUCACGGCGUUACCUUUCGGCCUUGCUACGGCCCCCUUUAUUUUUACCAAAAUUCUCCGGCCGGUUAUCACUAAUUUACGCAAGAAGGGUUUCCAGUCGGUUGUUUAUCUGGACGACUUUCUUCUCCUCGGCUCAACCAGUGAGGAGUGCAAGGCUAACGUUUUUAACACUAUUGCCCUCCUCGAGUCUUUAGGCUUUUUAAUUAAUUACCAGAAAUCUAACCUGGAGCCUUCUUCUAAACGUAGAUAUUUGGGCUUUAUUUUUGACUCUAGUCAGCAAUCUGUCUCGAUUCCCCCCCACCGUCGUGCGAAUCUACUCAAUCUGACAGUCUCCAUGGCUAAUAAACCCUCAUGCUCCAUUAGAGAGUUCGCCAGCUUCAUUGGUUCUCUCAUCUCUAUAUGUCCAGCAGUCCAAUACGGUCUCCUGUACACAAAAAACUUUGAGAGAGAGAAAUUUCUAUCUCUGUUAGACUCGGAUGAUAAUUUCUCGACAAUCAUGAAUAUUCCUCCUUCUCUUCAGCAGGAUUUUUCCUGGUGGAUCAAUAUUUUCUCGGAUCAGCACCAGGCCAACAAAAUUCGCGAAAGCACCUUUCGCGUGGAGAUCUUCUCGGAUGCUUCCAUGACUGGCUGGGGCGCCUCCUGUGGAGAACAACGUACACAUGGCUGGUGGUCUCAAGCGGAAAAAUUACUCCACAUAAAUACCUUGGAGCUCAAAGCGUCUUUCAACGCCCUUCGGUGCUUCGCAGGGCACCUGCGAGACUGCAACAUUCUUCUUCGUAUUGAUAAUACUACGGCGUUAUCAUAUAUUAAUAAAUUUGGAUCAAUUCAGUACCCUCAUCUCUCGGAUAUUUCGAGACAAAUUUGGCUCUGGUGUGAGGACAGAAAUAUUUUUCUGUUCGCCUCGUAUAUCUCCUCACUAGACAAUUAUAUUGCUGAUGCGGAAUCUCGAGCCCUGGACCCGAAUACUGAGUGGUCCCUGUCGGAGCAUGCUUUUCUUUGCGUGGCUGAGGCCUUCGGUCCUUUUGACAUAGAUUUAUUCGCUUCCGCGAUAAACAACAAAUGUGAGACCUACGUUUCCUGGAUACCGGAUCCGGGAUCGAUUGCAGUAGACGCAUUUACCCUUUCCUGGGCAGAACUCAAUUUUUACGCUUUCCCCCCAUUUAUCUUACUUCCUCGAGUUCUCAGGAAAGUGGUGGACGAGGGAGCAACGGGCACGGUGGUCGUACCCUGGUGGCCUUCUCAGCCCUGGUUUCCGUUGUUCCAACGUCUUCUAAUAUCAGACCCGUUGAUUCUUGCUCCCAACCAUGCUCUACUCUCUUCUCCUUUCAGGAAACAACACCCGGAAUUCAGGACGCUUUCCCUGGGGGCCGGGAGGUUAUCAGGAAGGCUUUUGAGGCCAAACUAGCUCCGCUUGCAGCGAUUCCGGCGUUGACAGCCUCUCUAUCGGAGGCCACCAUUAGACAAUAUUCCUCUCCACUCCGGUACUGGUGGGAGUUUUGCAUGCGUCACAACGUUCCGCUCUACUCUCCCAAUGUGGCCCAGAUGCUGGAUUUUCUGGCUCAAGAGCUUUCUAGGACUUCCUCCUAUUCGAGCCUCAAUACCAUAAGGUCGGCGGUGUCUCUUAUUAGCCAAAAUGAGAUCGGCAACCAUCCCUUGAUCAAGAGGUUUUUCAAGGGCGUAGCAUCACUCAGACCGCCUCGUCCUAAAUACGAUUACGUCUGGGACCCAGCACCGGUGAUCACUAAAAUGGCCUCCAUCUAUCCGUAUGACUCAUGCUCUCUGAGCACGCUGACCAGGAAGCUCGUCCUCCUCCUCGCUCUGGGUACCGGCCAACGUGCACAAUCGCUCGCCCUGCUGAGAAUCUCACACAUCUCUCUGAAGGACAAGCUUUUCAUUCGUAUUCCGGACCGAAUUAAAACCUCAGCGCCAGGCCGCCCUCAGCCGUUUUUCUCUUUCUCGCGUUUCCUGGAGCAUGAAAGCCUCUGUAUUUUCCGUUUAAUGGAAGCUUAUCUUGAGAAGACUAACUCUCUGCGUCCAAGCUCAUGCGAUUUCCUGUUUGUCUCUUUAUCUAAGCCGCAUAAAGCGGUCACCUCCCAGACAAUCAGUCGCUGGAUAAAGCAGGGCCUCGAUGAUUGUGGAAUAGACACUUCGGUCUUCUCCGCUCACAGUACUCGCCACGCCUCAACCUCCCGAGCGGCACGUAAAGGAGUCACGCUUGAUCUUAUCAAGCGUGCAGCUGGGUGGUCGGGCGAGUCGCGUGUUUUCGCGAGUUUUUAUAAUAGGCCGAUUGUAAAUCAGGAGGAUUUCAGCAACGCUGUUCUUCUCUCCUGAACACAUGCUUGUUUAUACAUAUUUUUUUUUUUUCUGUUUUUUGGAGUUUAGUUUAUUCUUAUUUCUCUCUUCUUUUUUGCACUUUCGAAGCUCCUUUACUCGAAACUGAGAAAGACGGAAGAGGGUAAGAGAGAAGCGGCCUACGAGUUAAGCUUAUUUUUAAGAAAAUUUAAGAUGACCAUUAAUAUGUGCUCUAUCUUUAAACGAUUCUUGUUUUGUCACAACGCUACUUUGUACGCGUAUUCUUCAUUUUCCUUGUAUUUUUAUAAUGCUUUACGUUAAUUAUAUUUAUAGUCAAUUUUCUUUUAUCCUUUUAGGCGUUGUGUUUCUCGGCUAAUCGCUGGGCUUUAAACAACUACAUAGUUAUUUCCAUCCGGACGAGACAAUAGGCAUAAUUAUUAGAUUGAACGAACUUACCUGUGAAGUUCGAUCCUAAUUAUGCCAUUUGUCUCGUCCGGAUGGACUCCCUCCCUCUUUUUUAUUGUUUCCCUCCCUCAAAUUUAGCGAUUAGCCUUCUCCUUUGAACUUAUGAGGCAUGCAGAGGCGCGCGCUCGACAGGUUAGCACGCAGCGCUAGGGUCCCCGCACGAGCGCUAGACGCGCCAUCUUUUGCUUUGGCGGGGAUUUAAAAUCUGUUGUCGGGAUCGGCGUGCAGGAGCACGACUACAUAGUUAUUUCCAUCCGGACGAGACAAAUGGCAUAAUUAGGAUCGAACUUCACAGGUAAGUUCGUUCAAUCUAAUAAUUACUGACCCAAAUUUAUAUAUUGAUUUUUAUGCGGCAAUUGCACGUCGUAAAAACACUACCCGCUUGAAAUAGACAAUGUGCCAGAAUUUUACAGUGGCUCUAUUACGACAUGUUGCGUCAUUAUUACGCCAUGCUUUUCAUAUAAAACUCGUCACUUGCUUGUUCGGAGCUCAGAACACUCGCACAGUCUUGACAGAAAGCUUCAACCGUGUCAAAAAAUCGCGUGUCCCUUCCCA